CAUUUUGAUUCACAUCUCUCACUUCUAAAUCUAAAAACAUUCAACACCCUAAACUCACUACUUAUUCACAACAUGUGUGGCGGUGCUAUUCUCGCCGAUCUCAUCCCUCCUCGUACCCGUCGCCUCAACUCCUCCGAUGUCUGGCCCAACCCUAAACUCAACUCAUUCGAAUCCGAAUUCAACCAUUUUUCCCAACAAACCAUUUGUCCCAACAAGCGAGUUCUUUCAGCUUCAGGUGGUGUGCAUGAAAAUAACAAGAAACGACAGAGGAAGAAUCUGUACCGUGGGAUCAGGCAGCGUCCAUGGGGGAAAUGGGCUGCUGAGAUUCGUGAUCCGGGGAAAGGUGUUCGUGUCUGGUUAGGUACUUUCAACACGGCGGAAGAGGCUGCUAGAGCUUACGACAAAGCUGCUCGGAAAAUCCGAGGAAGAAAGGCUAAGGUUAAUUUCCCAAACGAGGUAGAUUCGUACAAUCAGUUGCCCGGUGAACUCAACAAGAGUAUCGAUUAUUCUGUUGUUGGGUUUUCUGAUUCGGGUUCGGAAUUCGGGUUUGUUUCGGAAACUGUGGAGGAAAAAGUGACGGAGAAGAAAGCUGAGGCCGUACAAGAAGAUAUUGAGGUGCAGAAGCUCUCGGAGGAGCUCAUGGCAUAUGAGUCGUAUAUGAAGUUUUAUGAGAUUCCGUAUCUGGAUGGGGAGACAUCGGUGGCUCCGGCGAAUGCAGAGAGUGGCGUUGGUGGUGGUUCGAUUGAGCUGUGGAGUUUCGAUGAUGUACUGUAACCGGGAAGUUCACCGUUUAAAGUGUUUUGGUGGAUUUUAGUGUUUUAAGUUGCUGUGUUUGAUUAUUAGGUGUUUAAAUUUAAAAUAAUAAUGUUUGUGUUUAGUUUUUUUUUUUUUAUGUUAAAUGUUCUUUGAUUGUUUUGCCAGAAAAGUAUUUGGCUGUCAAUUUAUUUAUAAAAAUUAUUUAUUGAUUGUAAA